AUGCUGCUCCGCCCAAGUCCCCCGAGAGGAAUAUCGCGCCUCCGCGCUCCAUUCAUCAUGGCCACCCACCACCAUUCCGCGGCCACGCCCGGCCCGCGCCACCAAGGCGCAACGCUUCGAGACCUGCCAAAGUCAUGGCACUUCACGCAAUCGCUCCCCGCGGAUCCCGCGUUCCCGACACCGGCCGACUCGCACAAGACGCCCCGCGACGAGAUUGGCCCGAGGCAAGUCCGCAAUGCCAUCUUCACCUGGGUGCGUCCCCAGCCGCAAAGGGACCCCGAACUGCUGGCCGUGAGCCCGGCGGCGCUCCGCGACCUGGGAAUCAAGGCUGGCGAGGAGAGCACGGACGACUUCCGCCGGCUCGUCGCGGGGAACAAGCUGUACGGCUGGGACGACGACAGGCUGGAGGGGGGGUACCCGUGGGCGCAGUGCUACGGCGGGUUUCAGUUCGGGCAGUGGGCGGGCCAGCUCGGCGACGGCAGGGCCAUUUCGCUCUUCGAGACGAGGAACCCGGCGACUGGGACGCGGUACGAGCUGCAGCUCAAGGGGGCUGGCUUGACGCCCUACUCCCGCUUCGCCGACGGGAAGGCGGUCCUGCGCUCGAGCAUUCGGGAGUUUGUCGUCUCCGAGGCGCUCAACGCGCUCAGGAUACCGACCACCAGGGCCUUGUCGCUGACCCUUCUCCCCCACUCAAAGGUCGUGCGUGAGACCGUGGAACCUGGAGCCAUUGUGCUGCGGUUCGCCGAGUCUUGGCUGCGUCUGGGCAACUUUGACAUUCUCCGCGCUCGGCAAGAUCGCAAGCUCAUCCGGCAUCUGGCUACAUAUGUGGCGGAAGACGUCUUUGGCGGAUGGAACAACCUCCCGGCGAGGUUGGAAAACCCCCAAGAGCCGGACCACUCGCCAGAACCCGCCCGAGGCGUGCCAAAGACAGAACUCCAGGGACCCAGCGAGACGUGCGAAAACAGGUUCACCAGACUUUAUCGUGAAAUCGCCCGUCGUAAUGCCAAGACUGUCGCCGCCUGGCAGGCAUACGGUUUUAUCAAUGGCGUUUUGAACACGGACAACACCUCUGUAUAUGGGCUCUCUAUAGAUUUCGGCCCGUUUGCCUUCAUAGAUGACUUUGACCCAAACUACACCCCUAAUCACGACGACCACAUGUUACGCUACAGUUACAAGAACCAGCCAACCGUCAUCUGGUGGAACCUGGUCCGUUUUGGAGAAGCCGUGGGUGAAUUGAUGGGCGCCGCAGGACUUGUCGACGACCCGACGUUCAUAUCCGAGGGCGUAAAGGCAGACCAACAGGACGAGGUCGUGUCGCGAGCCGAAAAGCUCAUCAUGCAGACGGGCGAAGAGUUCAAAGAGGUAUUUCUGAGGGAAUACAAGAGGCUAAUGUCCGCCAGGCUUGGUUUGCGUCAACCAAAGCCAACGGAUUUCAACGAGCUUUUUACCCCACUUCUCAGCGUAUUAGGAACAUUCGAGCUGGAUUUCAACCAUUUCUUCCGCAGGCUGAGCCGCAUCGAGUUGGCAGAACUGGCCACGCCCGAGGACCGGAAGGCCAAGGCUGGCGUCUUCUUCCAUAAAGAAGGAGUGGUUGGUGAAGACGACGCUCGAGAGCAGCUGGCUUCCUGGCUGGAGAAGUGGCAUACCCGAGCUACCGAAGACUGGAGUGGAGGCGCCGCGGAAAUCAGCAAAGAAAAUGACCAAGAAAGAAUCCAGAGCAUGAAGCAAGCCAAUCCCAAUUUUGUGCCUAGAGGAUGGAUCUUGGAUGAGGUGAUUAAGCGCGUGGAGAAGGGGGGUGAGCGCGAUGUGUUGGAUCGAAUCAUGCACAUGAGUCUUUAUCCGUUUGAGGACGAAUGGCAUGGUAAGACGUUUGACGGCACGUUGUAUCAAGGCGAUGCUCAAGAGGAGCAGAGAUGGGUUGGCGAUGUUCCGAGAAUGGGUCGGGCCAUGCAGUGUAGCUGCAGCUCUUAA